UCAUACGUUAAUGAUUUCUAUUUUGUACUAAGUUUUUAAGUGUCAAAUCGCCGCACCCACAAAAUUAUUUUACCCCUAAUAUAUCUUAUUAUAGUAAAUAACUUCAAUUAUGGGUGAUCAUUUACCGGCUUGUGUUAUCGAUGUGGGGACUGGGUACACAAAAUUAGGGUUCGCCGGUAACAAGGAACCCCAGUUUAUCAUUCCGUCAGCCAUAGCGAUAAAGGAAACUGCAAAAGUUGGCGAUCAAAGUACUCGGCGUAUGACUAAAGCAGUGGAAGAUUUGGAUUUCUUUAUUGGAGACGAAGCAUUCGACGCAACGGGUUAUUCAGUUAAAUAUCCAGUACGCCAUGGCUUGGUUGAAGAUUGGGAUCUCAUGGAACGGUAUAUCGAGCAAUGUAUUUUUAAGUACUUAAGAGCGGAGCCUGAAGACCACCAUUUCUUACUUACCGAGCCGCCAUUAAAUACUCCUGAAAAUCGAGAAUAUUUGGCGGAAAUUAUGUUUGAAUCUUUUAAUGUACCAGGUUUGUACAUUGCUGUUCAAGCUGUGCUCGCUCUUGCCGCCUCUUGGAAGUCACGUACAUGUGCAAAACGCACGUUUACAGGAAUAGUGGUGGAUAGUGGUGAUGGGGUAACACAUAUUGUUCCGGUGGCUGAGGGUUAUGUUAUUGGCUCCUGUAUCAAACAUAUACCUAUUGCAGGGAGGAAUAUAACAUCCUUUAUACAAUCUCUGCUGCGCGAAAGAGAAGUAGGUAUCCCACCGGAGCAAAGCUUAGAAACUGCAAAAGCUAUCAAGGAAAGAUAUAGCUAUAUUUGUCCGGACAUUGCUAAGGAGUUUGCCAAAUAUGAUUCCGACCCGGUUAAAUGGAUGAAGAAAUAUACAGGAAUCAAUGCUAUAACUAAAAACCCUUUUUCAGUUGAUGUAGGAUAUGAAAGGUUCUUAGGACCUGAAAUAUUUUUCCAUCCUGAAUUUUCCAAUGCAGAUUUUACUGUACCACUUAAUGAAAUGGUGGAUGAUGUUAUUCAAUCAUGUCCAAUUGAUGUAAGAAGAGGAUUGUAUGGAAAUAUUGUUCUAUCUGGAGGUUCUACGAUGUUCCGAGACUUUGAUAGGAGACUGCAAAGAGAUAUUAAGCGUACAGUUGAUGCAAGACUGAAAUUGUCCACAAUGUUAUCGGAAGGCCGGAUUACACCAAAGCCUAUAGAUGUGCAAGUGGUAUCACACAACAUGCAGCGGUAUGCAGUCUGGUUUGGAGGUAGCCUGCUUGGGUCGACCCCAGAGUUUUAUCAGGUCUGUCACACUAAGCAAGCUUAUAUGGAAUAUGGACCAAGUAUUUGCAGACAUAACCCAGUAUUUGGUACUAUGAUUUAAGUCUAUUGUUAUUACUAGUUCAGUAUUCUCGCUUAGGCAUGAAGUUUUGAAUAUUCAGGAACAAAUAUUUGGUAAACAAGAUGUUUAUAUAAACAAUUCAAGGUUUAAGACAGAGAGUAAAAGGAGCCUUACAUGACGUAAUUCAGAUAUAUUGAAUUAGCAGGAUUCAAAAAAAGAUGCAAAAGAAAAAACU